AUGACAACGGCAGGGUUUCCUCCUCCGGUCUCUUCACUGCUCGAGUUCCGCUGAUUGGACCUACUUGGAGACAUUUCGCAGUUCUUCACACACAUUUCCGGGGAAUAGUAGCGGGACACUGGUGCGAAAAUGAAGCCGAGGAGGCAACACGUCCUGCUGCUGUGGCUGCUGCUCAGCUCCGGUGUGUUGACCGAGGCUAUCGAGCCCAUCAGCACCACCAUCGCUGUCGGAGUGGCUGCGACGCUGACGGCGUUCAUAGCUAGUUACCCGAACAUGUUCUUCUAUUUCCACGAGUGCUGUCGACCUGAGUGGAUUUCGUUCAACAGGACAGGCCUCCAGGCAGACCUGGACAAGAAGCUGUUCGGCCAGCACAUCGCCUCACGCAUCAUCUCAAAGGCCGUGAAUGGAUUCAUGACCAAUAACAACCCAAAGAAACCACUGGUGCUUUCUCUGCACGGGUGGACCGGCACGGGGAAGAACUUCAUCAGUAAGCUGAUCGCUGAAAACAUUUACGAGAAGGGAAUGCAAAGCAGCUUUGUGCACGUGUUCACGUCGACGCUUCACUUCCCACAUCAAAGUCAGUUCCUUGAGUACAAGUCUCAGCUACAGCAGUGGAUCAAAGGCAACGUCACCAAUUGUGAGCGUUCCAUGUUCAUCUUCGACGAGAUGGACAAAAUGCAUCCUGGCUUGAUCGACUGCAUUAAGCCGUACCUGGACUACUACGACAAUCUGGAAGGAGUUUCGUAUCGGAAAGCCAUCUUCGUCUUCCUCAGCAACGCUGGGGGAGACAGCAUCGCACAGACCGCUCUGGAUUUCUGGAAAGGAGGACAAAGCCGAGAAGAGAUCAAGCUCAAAGACCUGGAAACCUUGCUCUCGUUGUCGGUGUUUAACAACAACCAAAGUGGCUUCUUUCGUACAAGUUUGAUCGACAAGAACCUGGUGGACUUCUUCGUCCCACUGCUGCCUCUGGAGUACAAACACGUCGUCCAGUGCGCCAUGGCCGAGAUGGAGGCCAGAGAUACGAAGCCCAACCAGCACGUGGCCGACAUGGUGGCCAAAGAUUUAAUCUACUUCCCCAAAGCGGAAAGAGUCUUCUCCGUCAAAGGCUGCAAGACGAUAGAGAGCAAGUUGGACUAUUACUUAUAACAUCACUGUGGGACGGAUCCUACGUUUGAACACUAUAUGCACUUGAGAAAAGAAAGUAACCCACUCGCAGCCAAAUGACUAAAGAGUGGACGUGGAGCUGGCUGGACUCUGAGGGAGCUCUCUUUCACAGGAAGUUGCAUAUGUCUUAUAGUGACUGAAAGCCCACUGUGCCAGUUGAAUGAAGAAAUCAAUAAGAUUGAACUGCUAUUCUUUGGAAGUGAUUCCAAAGGUUGAGAUCUCUGCCUUUUUGUCCCACAGCAACAACAGCAGCAGCAGUAGAGUUUCAGAGAUGUUGUUUUGGCUUAAAUCUACUGUUUAAAUGUAUGUGUAAUCUUUACAGUUCACUGGAGAACACCUGCCUUUAUUCUUAUUUUAACGUCAGCGUUGUGGGUGAGGUCGUCUGCACUGCUGAAUACAACAUGAGCAAGAUAGGAUUGUUUUUGGGUUGUUUUUUUACAUACUUUUUAAUCUUUGUUUCAGGAGCUAAAUAUUGAGAGAUCAUGAUGGAAAUGUACCUUUUUAUGAUAAAGGAUGUGGACACCAAGAAUCUGUUUUUAGCUGCAGGAGAACACUACGCGAACUCAGGGUAGUUUUCUCAUUUCAAAAAGAAGACAAAUUAUAUAUUUUUUUAUUUAAAUGCAGACAGUUCACAAAAUGAUAUUGAGAUGACUUUAUGGAAGGUUGGUUGAUUUUUUUUUUUUUUUUUAAAGAUUGUGCUCUGAAGUUUUCUCUAAAUUACAAUGCUUGUCUUGAGUUUGCCUUUGUGGUCCUGUCCUCGCAAUGUGAACUUUUUUACCUUUCUAUUUCAUAGAAACAGUCACAGGUUAAAAACACUGCAACUUGUGGAUGUAAAGCGGACGCGAGCGAGCGUCUCUGCUGUAAACACCACCUGAAAAACAAAUCACCAUUAAAUUUAAUAAAUUUU